AUGGGUGAGCAUAAGGAUGACUUGACUAUUGAACAGAUUACUGAAAGAAGGACUCUGGAAGAAGCGCGGCAGCUGGCUGAAAAGGAAAUGUUUGAAAACAUGCGCUUAGCGGAACUCAGUGAUGACUGUGCUGCUAUGGUUGGGCCGCAUGAAAAUGAGACUACGUUAAAGGAACAACUGAGCCGCAUGGAACCAUGGAAUAGCUCAGUUCUAGAUGACAAGGCUAUACAGGAGUCCAUGUACGAAGAUGCCAAUUCUCUUUUUGAUUCAUCGGUCAAUGGCGACUUGAAAUGGCCUUCACUCACUCAUCUUUCCCAGGACGUUUCACGAAAGAGCACUCUAAAGCAAGGAAAUGACCAUGUUUUGACCGAGAGUGGUGUUUAUAAGUCCAGUGAAAGUUUAAAUGAUAGUAGCAGCGUUAUCGCAGGUGAAUCCCGUGAGUUGAAUGUCUACAACGGAUCAGACAAAACUGACAUUGCGGAAGAAAAGCCCCAGGUGUUACCAAGCACUUCGAUAAUUCAUGUAAAUCUGAUCGAAAAUUCUGACAAUAAUGCAAAUUCUGUAAAUACGUAUAGCGAACGAGUGAACACUGAAACUGGGAAUGCUGCUGUUGGACUGUCCACUAUGCAGGGACAUUUUAUUAAAUCAUACACACACCUUCCCUGUGCUUCAGGAGCAGAAGAUGCAUGGCCUGAUCACAGUAUUCUGAGCGAACAACAGAAACCAGCUAUCGCGUUUGCGGAGGAUUUAGCUUCACCAGCGCUUUUUUCUGGAAAUUAUUCUACGUAUCACAGUCCUAAAACACAACAGGCGCAGUUCAUUUCACCGCAGAAUAUGAAACUUGGAGAAUAUGGCGCAGUGAAAUUUCGUUCGAUUCCAGCAAGACACAAUUUGUUAGGUAUUCACAUUUCUGUGGUUAAGUAUACACGUCUACUGAAAUAA